AGGCGUGCGGGGGACGUGCGGGUGCGCGCUGCUUGCGGGCGAGCAGCAGCGAUGGCCAGACCCUGGGGCUGUCCCACUUGCUUGGUCUUGGGGAAGGCGGGUGCCGGGGCGGUGAGAGGCCUCUUCCGCCCUCGGGAAUAGAGCCCACUGUCGAGGUCGUGGGAUCGCGUUUCUGCUACAUCUCACUGACCGCGGGCUGAUUCAUCGGGCUUCCCCUGGGCACUUUCCCUUCCUUGCGGCCGGGCCUCUGGUCUCCCUUUUAGGUCCAGCACCUGUUGUGGGGGACAGGACACGCCGUUUCAGGUCCUGGGUUCCCACCGGGUUUUCUGUGUUGAAGCGUGGAAGGAAGUGCAGUGUUUUUCCUCCCCAGUUCUUUGGAUAAGGAGAACUCGCCCCCAGAUGCGAGGUGGUGACUUUCUCCCCAGAUGCUGAGGUGCCUGGAUCCCUGGCGCAGGCACUUACUGAGCGGCAGCUGGAGUAGACUGUGCCUUCUGAAGCACUCUCUGUUUACAAUGAAGUUGCAGUCUCCAGAAUUCCAGUCACUUUUCACAGAAGGAUUGAAGAGUCUGACAGAAUUAUUUGUCAAGGAAAACCAUGAGUUGCGAAUCGCAGGAGGAGCCGUGAGGGAUCUGCUGAGUGGGGUGAAGCCGCAGGAUGUGGACUUUGCCACCACGGCCACCCCAGCUCAGAUGAAGGAGCUGUUCCAGUCGGUCGGCAUCCGCAUGAUCAACAACAAAGGAGAAAAGCAUGGGACCAUCACUGCCAGGCUUCAUGAAGAAAAUUUUGAAAUUACUACACUGAGGAUUGAUGUAGCCACUGAUGGAAGACACGCCGAGGUCGAAUUCACGACUGACUGGCAAAAGGAUGCCGAGCGCAGAGAUCUCACCAUAAAUUCCAUGUUUUUAGGUUUUGAUGGUACUUUAUUUGACUAUUUUAAUGGUUAUGAAGAUUUAAAAAAUAAGAAAGUUAGAUUUGUUGGACAAGCUAAACAGAGGAUACAAGAAGAUUAUCUUCGGAUUUUAAGGUAUUUCAGGUUUUACGGGAAAAUUGUUGACACACCUGGUGACCACGAUCCUGAGACUUUGGAAGCAAUUGCAGAAAAUGCAAAAGGCUUGGCAGGAAUAUCAGGAGAGAGGAUCUGGGUGGAACUGAAAAAAAUACUUACUGGUAACCACGUGAACCACCUGAUUCAUCUCAUCUAUGAGCUCGAUGUGGCUCCUUACAUAGGCUUACCUGCUAAUGCAAGUUUAGAAGAAUUUAACAAAGUCAGUAAAAAUGUGGAAGGUUUUUCACCAAAGCCAAUGACUGUCUUGACCUCAUUGUUCAAAGUACAGGAUGAUGUCACGAAAUUGGAUCUGAGGUUGAAGAUUUCAAAAGAAGAGAAGAAUCUUGGUUUAUUUAUUGUUAAAAAUAGGAAGGAUUUAAUUAAGGCAGUAGAUAGUUCAGAACCACUGAAACCCUAUCAAGACUUCAUUAUAGACUCUAGAGAAGCUGAUGCGACUGCUCGUGUGUGUGAGCUGCUCAAGUACCAAGGCGAGCACGGGCUUCUGAAGCAGAUGCAGCAGUGGUCCAUCCCCCCGUUUCCUGUGAGUGGCCAUGACAUCAGGAAAGUGGGCGUUUCCUCCGGGAAAGAAAUUGGGGUGCUGUUACAGCAGUUGCGAGAACAGUGGAAGAAAAGUGGUUACCAGUUGGAAAAAGAUGAACUACUGAGUUACAUAAAGAAGACCUAAAGUUGAUGAGAGCUGACUACUAGAAAGCAGGAAAUUUUUGGUAAGGCUAGUUUUCUUCCCCCUCCCUCUUGGUGAGAUUUAAAAGACUCCAUCCAAUAUAUAGCAGAAUUCAAGCCAGCUUAGGGGAUCUCUUCAGAAGAACAAAGGUCUUAUUUUGUGAAAACUGUAUUUCAGGCACUAAAGUAAAGUCUGCUUCCUCGUAAUCUGAUUUGUUAUCACUGAAGCUUGUAAUUCUUUUGGAAUAGUUCUUACUGAGAAAAGGAGAGAUGGCAUCUCAGUCUGUCUAGGCUUUUUUUAAAGUGGAUUUUUGGUUGCUUUUGUUGCGUACGACAGUGCCAGGAUUGUUCCUGAGAAGUGCUAAGUGUCCUGAAAAACAUGUUUCUUUGUAUUUGCAAUUGAAAUAACUGGGUUAAUUUUGUACAACGAUUGUGUAUGGUGUCAGUUUUUUUCUGAAUUCCAGAAUAAACUUGUGUUUGAAUACA